AUGAAAUAAUAAAUCAUGAAACGUCAAAUGAAUGGUGUGUGUUUGUUGUGGUGAAAUGAGAUAAAAUAUAAUUUUGUGUUAAAAAAUGGUAGACCGUAAUGAAAAAUUCUUAAACGAAAUAUUGAAGUACCCCGGCAACAGCGUUUGCGUUGAUUGUGGAGCCAAAAAUCCAGAAUGGGCCUCGUACAACAUCGGAAUUUUUAUAUGCACUCGCUGCUCAGGGGUUCACCGCAGCAUGGGGGUUCACAUCAGCAAAGUCAAGCACCUGAAACUAGAUAGAUGGGAGGAUUCUCAAGUGAAGAGGAUGAAGGAGGUGGGAAACACCAAAGCCAAACUGAAGUACGAAGAAAGAGUACCUCCUUGCUACAGAAGGCCCAGGGAACACGAUCCGCAGGUUCUAAUAGAACAGUGGAUUCGCGCCAAAUACCAAAGAGAGGAGUUCUGCCAUCCGGAACGGCAGGUCUAUACGAGCGGAAACAUGCAAGGUUUUCUGAUGAAGAGAGGCAAGGAGGAUAGUAAAUACCAAGCGAGGAAGUUUGUUCUUUCCGAAUCCGAAGAUACACUUAAGUAUUUCGUCAGAGAGAAUAAGGAGCCCAAAGCCAUCCUUCGGAUAUCUGAGCUGAAUGUCGUUUUCGCCCCCGAGAAAAUAGGGUACCCGAACUCGCUGCAGCUGACGUUCCUGAAGGACGGUACCACCCGCCACAUCUACGUCUACCACGAGGAGGGCGAGAUCAUCACCAACUGGUACAUGGCGGUGCGGUGCGCUAAGCUGCACCGCCUCCAGGUGGCGUACCCAUCAGCGAGCGAGUGCGACCUCGUCAACUUCCUGACGGAGGACUUCGCCAAGGAGGGGUGGCUCUGGAAGACGGGUCCGCGGCUCAGCGACGGCUUCAAGAAGCGCUGGUUCACGCUGGAUAACAGGAAGCUGAUGUAUCACGACGAGCCGUUGGACGCCUACCCCAAGGGCGAGAUAUUUUUAGGUCAUUUGCUGGAUGGUUACUCUGUGAGGAUAGGAGUAACGGUAGGCGUGAAAGAUCAGGGUUUCUCUUUCUCUCUCACUACGCCGGAGAGGAUUUAUAACUUGUCUGCGCAGAGCGAGCACGACCGGGAUCACUGGAUUGACGUGAUACAGAGGGUGCUCGAAAGACCUCUCACACCGCAAGAUUCUGCAAUUUGCGGCAGGCUGCUGAGAAGAAGGACGAACACCAACUCGAUGAACAUAUUCAGCCAGAGGUAGUGGCGUCGCAUGAAAGCGUUCCGUGUAUGUCUUUCGACCUAGUCUCGUCUUAAUAAUCGUUCGUCAUUCACAUAUUACGCAGUCGGCUCAAAAAUACUCAACGUACAGGUACAAUGUGUCUCCUUUAUAUUCGAUAGGUGGUUCGCUUCCGUUCUAGACGGACCCACGACAAGUGGGAGUGAAAUCCCUCGGAGGACUUGCAGUUCGUUUCGCUGGGGAUGGAAAAAUUGUAUGAGGGCUAGCAAGAAAGUUCGCAACUACGGGGACUUUUGAAUUAUUUGGAACUUUCACUUUAAUGUUUAUUUGUCCGCGAUUUUGAAUUGCCUCAACUCAAAAACUGCCUGCAAAUCCGCCAGGACCGUAUUCGGGGUCAAAGUGUAACAGUGUUCAAUUGUUUUAGUUCUCUCGAGGAUUAGACUCGAAGAAAACUGCCAAAAAAACCACCAGUUGUGGAACGUUUUCAUAACCUCUCCAUAAGUUUUACUUAUUCUGGAUCACUGAGCUAACAACUAUCUCAAUAUUCUGACAUUCUGCUUGUGGGUACUAUUUAUUGAUAUUGUCAUUCAGAAUGUGACAAUAACCACAGUCGUGAUCAAGGCAAAGGUUCAAGAAUCUUAUCUGAUCACGAAUCAACCUUGAGUGUGUUGUUAACUUGGUAUUUGGUUACUAAAGAAUGAGUGCCAAGUGUUUAUGCUUCUCAAAAAAAAUUGCGGAAAAACAUUUAAGGUGGCCGUGUAAUGCAGUAUAGUUUUUUUUUUUGAAAAACAUAUUCAGGCUCUACUAUAUCGUCAAGAAUGCCAUGAAGAAUAAUUCAGAAGACGAGCAGAGUUCAGCUGUUCUCUUUUACCGAUGAUUUAGUUUAGCUUCCCACCAAAAGAUGGCGACACUGUGAUCUAUAGAAAUAAAAUUAUAUUCUAAUGACUAGAACGCGCAUAUACUUGUACGAAUGGAUGUGGCAGCCACAUUUCUUUGUGUCUUCCUCAUAGCAGCAGAACAUAUUUCUUUGAUUUGGGAACCUUGAAUGUGUAAUAGUUAAUUGAAAAUGAAAGCAUACAUGCUUGGAGCAUUUUUUCGCGUUCUAGACAUUAGUAUGUAGUUGUAUUUUUAUGGUCUAAUCCCAUUCGUAAAUAUGCUCGUAGGGAAAUGAUUUUUAUCACAGUUGAAGUAUUUUCGAAGAUAUAUCGAAGCGACAUUUUGGCUAGAUAUUUUAAACAUAGCAGUCAGUUUUUGAGUCAAACUUUGACACCCCUUAGCAAACUGUUAUUAUUUUUUCAUGCAUAAUCACUCCCUGAAGUUUGUCACGCUUAUUCAUCAGCAUUCUCAUCAUUGACGCUGAAUUUAUUUCUAGCGAGCAGUCUCUUGAGGUUUGAGAACAGGAAAAAAUCACUGGGGGUCAGAUCUGCAGAAUAUGGUGGAUGCGGAAUAAAUUCGAAGCCCAAUUCAUGCAUUUUUGCCGUCGAUUUCAUUGAUGCACUUUCUUUUAAUAGUCGCUGUUGAUGGUUUUUCCCUUGCCAGCCGACUGUUGCGUAUUUGCACGUGCAGUCCGCUCAGAUGACCAUCGUGAUGGAGCCAUGUUUUCUUCAUUGUCGCAUAUCGACGCAUAAAUACAAUUUUUUAUAUGUUUCAAAGACUGUUCAUAUUCAAUUUGUUGUUGUUUUCGGUCGAUUGUGAGUUUGCGCGACACCCACUUCGAACAGAGCUUUUGCAUACUCAAAUAUUCAUGCACAAUAUGUUCAAGACAUUCCUUUGAUACCGUCAGAGCUUCAGCUAUCUCGAUCAACAUCACUUUACAGUCAUCCAAAAGUAUUUUGUGGACUUUUUUGAUGUUUUUGUCAGUAACAGCCUCUUUUGGGCGUCCACUGCAUGCAUUUCACUUCGUUUAAACAUUGCAAACACACUUCUCAACUGUUGCUUUUUCUGGUACAGAGUAUGAAUAAUACUUAUCUAGCCAAGCCUUGGCUUCAAGAAUUUUUUUUCGCCAAAAAGCAAUGCUUUAUCAACACAUAAAAUUCCUUUUCAUCCACUCAAAAUGUUCUAUCCCACAAACUAACAGUCCUACAGCUGUGACACGUGUCUUCUGAAGGUCAGGGCUAGCUAAAAAUCUUAUGGAGUUGAUACUAAUAGCGCCAUCUAUGUGUUAGCAGAUGGACUUUUUCGCCUAUCUACUGCAUAACAAAUACUUACCUGUGCCUUACUUUGCAAAGGGUCUAAUAUAAUAUAUUUGUGUCGUAAGAUGAAUCACUUGAUAUCGGUCAAUAAUUAAGACAACAAUCGCUGAUUAGCCUGAAAUAAUAAUUCCUCUAAUAAAUUCAUUCAGGCAGAGUCUGCGCCCCAAAAAUAUUCACAAGAAUUUUCGGCUUACAGGUAACGGUACAUGCUCAGUAGCUAGAUGAUAUUUUUUAGAUGAAUUCAUAACGGAAAAUAGAUGGUUUGAAAGUGGAGUUACCUGAAGUUUGACAGGCGCCUAAUUUGACGGCCACCUUAAGGAAACAGAUCCUGCUUAAAAUUUGUUUCAAUGCGCGUCGCGGCACUAGCCAAAACAAAAUUGUUACUGAAAGGUAGUUGGCCAAUUGAACCCUGUUGAACCCUGAACCCUAUUUUAUAAUAUUUAUAUAUUUGUGUAUAUUGUAUAUUAUUUAUGUGUAUCGCUAUUGUAAGUACUGGCAUCGUAACACUGUUCUACUUGUUUAUAAUGUAGGAGGUGCUGCUAGCUAUUAAGAGAAAUCAGUGCUACUACGAAAAGUUUUCAUUUCUUACUGGAUAUCGCUUCGCUAUAUCCACAACAAAAUGAUUUAUUCAGUACAAACAAAUGAUAGUAUUAGGUGCGGGAGCUGGCAUCUUCCAUUUCGCUACCGUCAUAAAAGUUUGCUUGUGCGAUAUGUCGCUAGGUGGCGCACUAAGGGAGAUUGAAAUGAAAAAAAUCAAUGAGGAAUAUCUUUCUACCCAAAAAAGAUAUCGAUCUCGGUCCAACGGCAUUCUCUGGCUGAAAUGAUGUAGAAUACGGGAAGACUAUGAAAGACUCGUGAAUUUGGCCCUUUGACCUUCAAUUUCGAGAUCAAACUUUCAUUUUUUUUUUCAUGAAUCGUGAAAAUUUGCCGAGUUGCCAAUUUUUUUCUCAAAAGUAGAGGGAAUGGCGAAAAAUUGAGUGGUCGCACGUCGAAUAAUAUUGAAAAACGACAAAGCUAUAAAUUUUCAAAAAUUUGGUAAGACGGCUUCUCUUCCUACAUACUGUCAUAGAAAAAAUCAAGGCUAUGCAUCAGUGAAUUGAGGAAAAAAAUUGAUAAUGAACGACUCUGGAAUUUUUUAGACGUUUAUUCAUUUGAGAUUUGUUAUAUAUAACCAAUUACUGAAGAAAGUUUAAUUACUUAAUAUGUAAAUUUACAUUUACAUGGUUCAAAAUUUUUCGAUGUUGAAAAUAUAAAAAAAAAUAUUUUCAUUUCGUUGAUGCAUAACUCCGGUUUUUUUUUUCUAAUGAUAGUAUAUAAAGAAAGAAGUCUCCGUGCCAAUUUUGAGCUCCUAAUAUUGCAAAUGAAUGUCUCUAAUUGGUUUUUAAAGUUAAAAAAACAGUCGAAUUUCUGAAAAUCCAUAGCUCUGUUGUUUUUCAAUAUUUUUCAACUACUCUUUUUUGGAUAUCUCCUCUUCUUUUAAGAGAAAAUAACUUCGCAUCUCGGCAAAUUUUCAUGACUGAUGAGAAAAAUUGAAGUUUGAACUUGAAGUUGAAGGUCAAGCAGUCAAAAUGACAAGUCUCCUAUAAUUUUCCCUUAUUCUAUAUCACUUCAGCCUGAGAAUGCCGAAGGACUGAGAUCGACAUCUCCUUCAGUGUGGCGUUUGUAUUUGUCUGAAAUUGUGACAAACCGUUCGAGCAGAAAACUGUAUCCAUACCUAUUCACUAGUAUACUGAAGUUUGUGACCCUUUGGUAAAGCGCCAUCUGUGUGCAACCUCUAGUCUUGCCAAUGACGUUUGACAUCUGACAACACAUGUCAAGAAACUAGGAAGGGAUGUAAUGCUAUCAAAGGGACGACUUUUGUGUUCAAAUUUUGAUGUAUUUGCAUAUCAGAUAGACUGAAAUGAGAUGAAAUGUCUGGAUCUUCGAACCGGUACAAACUAGAUGCGAAUUUCCUAAGUAUAAGUUUUGCUUGCCUGUUUUUUUCAUAUGGAUAGUAUAUGAAAUGUUUUUCCUAUGGCAAACGUUUUUCCUUGCAGCAUUGAUUGGUAUUCCUGAUGUAUUUUAUAGUUAUUAAUUCUGCUCAGCAAUAAAGACUUUGUAUCGGA